AUGGAUCCAGAAGAAAUAACCAUAUGCGAAGAAUUUAAAACAUGGAGAAAGAAUGUGCCAUAUCUCUAUGACAUGCUGCUAUCCCAUGCACUCACUUGGCCAUCUCUUACUGUGCAGUGGUUUCCUGAUGCAGUCAGAAAUGAAGAGACAGACACCACAAUGCAGCGACUGCUUCUUUCCACACAGACAUCUGGGCAGGAGGAUGAGUACUUGCAGAUAAUGUCAGUUACUCUUCCGGACACGGUAGGGGAUGAAGCAGUGCGCUCUUUAGAUGACGGAGGGUACGGUCUUGGUGAGUCAAAGGUAAGAAUAACCCAGAAGAUACCUAUGCAGCAUGAAGUGAACAGGGCCAGGUACAUGCCCACCAACAACAACCUAAUUGCAGUGAAGUACGACAACCCAGAGGUGCACAUUUAUGACUACACGAAGCAUCCAUCCUUUGGGAAGGAAGCAGUGCCAGAUAUAGUCUUUAGUGGGCAUACAAAGGGAGGAUUUGGUCUGGCGUGGAAUCCUGUGGUUGAAGGUGAGCUUUGCAGUGCAGGAUACGAUGGAAUGGUGUGUGUAUAUAAUCUUAAUGCAGGGACAGAGCCGAUUAAUAAGAUAGAAGAGAGUGAGGAGAUAAAUGACAUCGCAAUUUCAAAUGAUGGAGGUAUACUUGCACUAGGGAUGGACAAGACCGGCACACAUCUGGUAGACAAAAGAACAGGAGAGAAAAAGCUUCUUGCCACGGGAGAGACACUUAGCGUGCAGUUCUCCCCAGAGAAUGCGUCAUGGCUUGCCACGGGUACUAAGGAGGGAGCACUUACUAUAUGGGACAUAAGGAACGAUGCAGCCCCUAUAUACACACUUUUAGGACACGGAGGAGAUGUUACACAAGUUGAAUGGUCACCCCACUAUGAGACUGUGCUGGCUUCGUGCGGAUCAGAUAGAAGAGUGCGGCUGUGGGACCUGUCUAAGGUAGGCCAGGAGCAGUCAGAGGAAGACAAAGAAGACGGCCCGCCAGAGCUGCUUUUCAUCCACGGCGGUCAUACAGACGCAGUGUGCGAUAUCUCAUGGAAUCCACACGAGCCCUGGGAGAUUGCCAGUGUGGCAAAUGACAAUAUUCUCCAGGUAUGGCAGGUAUCUUCUUUAAUUGCAGGUGAUAAUGAAGCAGAGGAGAGCGAUCACCAGUAAAUCUAUUAAAUAC